UUUUUUUUUUUUAUAUAUUUAUAUACAUAGUUUAUCUUUUUUUUUUUAUAAUCAAAGAUCAUGCCAGCGAUUACACCAAAACAACUAUCUUCAUUACAAAAGAAUACAAAAAAUAUUCGAAAUAUUUGCAUUCUUGCACAUGUUGAUCAUGGAAAGACAACUCUGUCAGAUUCCCUUUUAGCUACUAAUGGUAUUAUUUCAUCAAAAAUGGCGGGUAAAGUGAGAUACCUCGAUUCUCGUGAGGACGAGCAAGAAAGAGGUAUCACGAUGGAAUCUAGUGCUAUUAGUUUAUAUUUUAAACUAGUAAAAACAGCUAGCAAUGGAGAGGCGCAGCCAACUGAAAGUGAAUAUUUGAUCAACUUGAUUGAUUCACCAGGCCAUGUUGACUUUUCUUCUGAGGUAUCUACUGCUUCACGUUUAUGUGACGGUGGUCUUGUAUUGAUUGAUGUUGUAGAAGGUGUUUGUACACAGACUAUAUCUGUUUUACAUCAAGCAUGGAUUGAUAAAGUAAAACCUGUAUUAGUGUUUAAUAAGAUGGAUCGAUUAAUUGUUGAAUUACAAAUGACACCACAAGAAGCCUACGUACAUAUUAAUAAAAUUCUAGAACAAGCAAAUGCUGUGAUGGCUACCUUUUUUACAGGUGAUUUGAUGGAAGAAGAAGCAAGAAAGAUGAUGGAGGCUAAAAAUAAGAGAACAAAAGAAGAAGAAGAGGCAUUUGAUUCCAAUAAAAUAUAUGAUUGGAGUAUGGAAGAAUGUGAUGAUUCGGAUAUUUAUUUUGAUCCAGCAAAGGGAAAUGUAAUUUUUGCUAGUGCCGUUGAUGGCUGGGCUUUCAGAGUACAACAGUUUGCUUCGCUUUAUGCGAAAAAACUUGGAUUUAAAGAACAAGUUCUACAAAAAUGUUUGUGGGGUGAAUAUUAUUUUGAUCCAAAAGCUAAGCGUGUUAUUUUACCAAAACACUUGAAGGGUAGAAAUUUGAAACCAAUGUUUGUUCAGUUUGUGCUUGAAAAUAUUUGGGCUGUUUAUCAUAGUGUUGUUAUUGAACCUAAUCGUGAGCGUGUAGAGAAAAUUGUGGACGCAUUAAAAGUGAAAGUAUUGCCCAGAGAUUUACGUUCUAGAGACCCACAAAACUUACUAUCAGCCAUUUUCUCUCAAUGGCUUCCAUUGUCUACUUGUGUCUUAUUAGCUGUCAUUGGCCAAUUACCCCCUCCUACAGAGGCACAACGUGUUCGAAUUCCUAAAAUACUAUAUCCUAAUAUUCAUCACAAAGAUAAUGAACCUCUUGAAGCAUCUAAUGAUGUUGAAAAGGCCCUUUAUAGCUGUGAUGGCUCCUCUGAUGCACCUGCUGUAGCUUAUGUAAGUAAGAUGUUUGCUGUCCCUGUCGAGUUAUUGCCUGAAAAUCGUCGUACUCAGAUGACAGCAGAGGAGAUACGUGAACGUGGUAGACAACAACGUGAACUACGCAUGGCUCAAGCUCUUUUAGAUCAGUCGGGUGAAGGAAUUCCCUUAAAUCUUGAUCAACUUGGUAGUCAUGAUACGGCCAGUCAAGAAAAGGAAGAUGAUGUCUCUAAAGAAGAUCUUAAAGGUGAACGACUCAUUGGCUUUGCUCGCCUUUAUAGUGGUACUAUUCGAGUGGGUCAAAAGUUAUAUGUGAUGGGACCUAAAUAUGAUCCCAAGUAUCCUAAAAAGCAUGUCUCUGAAAUUACUGUUCAAAACCUAUAUCUCAUCAUGGGCCGAGACCUGGAAGCAUUGAAUGAAGUCUCUGCUGGUAAUGUAUUUGGUAUUGGUGGCUUAGAAGGACACCUUUUGAAAAAUGGUACCUUAUCAAGUAUAAUCAAUGAAGAUGUGCGUAAUAUGGCUGGCAUCAAGAUGGAUACGGCGCCUAUUGUACGUGUUGCUCUUGAACCUGAGGACCCAACUCAGAUGGAUAAACUAGUAGAGGGGCUUCGUCUUUUGAACCAAGCAGAUCCUUGCGUUGAGGUUAUGCUUCAGGAAACGGGCGAACAUGUCAUCCUGACAGCGGGUGAACUUCAUCUUGAAAGAUGUCUUCGUGAUCUAAAAGAACGAUUUGCAAAGAUUGAGAUUCAUGCCUCUGAACCUAUUGUGCCCUUCAGAGAAAGUAUCGUUCGAGGGGAUCUCUCGACUAAUAAAGAAAAGGACGGUCUUACCACACCUCGUGGCCAAAUUGAAAUCAAGAUUAACUCAAAGUUUUUAACAUUAAAAAUCCAAACUGUGCCUUUACCUACACGUAUUACUGACUUUUUAACGGAGCAUACUGCUUCUAUUAAAGCUAUUGUGGAUGAAAAGAUAGCAACAAACAAAAAGAAGAAUCCAUCCUCGUCGGAUGAAGAUGAGGAUGAAACAGGUGAAACAGCAGGACCUGUGGUCCCGAGCCAUCGUUUAUCACCUAUGGAACUUGAAAGCGCAUUAAGAAAGGAAUUUGCGGAAGCCAAGAAGGAAGGUGGACCGUUUGCUUAUCUAUGGGAUGAAUCACUUGUUGAUAAAAUCUGGGCCUUUGGUCCCCGUCGUAUAGGUUCUAAUUUGCUUAUAAAUGAUAUUCCAGGUUAUAUUAGAAAGCCUUUCUUUCAGAUGAAUACAAAGAAUACUGAAGUAUCAGAAGAUGAUCAUGCAGAUGAGGUUCUUAAAGUCAGUGAUGAAGAUGAUAGUUCACUUUCUAUUUUGGAUGUUGAUUUCCAUAUCCAUACUGGUUUCCAAUUAUCAACUUUGGCUGGUCCUUUAUGUGCUGAACCUAUGACAGGUGUUUGUUAUAUAGUACAAGGCAUUGAACUUCAUCCUGAAGAAAUGGUAACAUCUAAUGGUGAAUCCAUUGAUGUUCGUUCUCGUCUUCAUAUUAUUCAAGGCCAAGUAAUUGCAGCAGCUAAAGAAGCUUUUAGACAAGGUUUCUUGGACUGGUCACCACGUUUAUUAUUGGCUAUGUAUUCAUGUGAUAUUCAAGCUACCGCUGAAGUUUUGGGCCGUGUAUAUGGUGUUAUUUCUAAAAGGAAAGGUAGAAUUGUUUCUGAAGAUUUGAAGGAUGGUACAUCAUUUUGGCAAAUCAAGUCUUUAUUACCAGUUAUUGAAAGUUUUGGUUUCUCAGAUGAAAUUCGUAAAAGAACUUCCGGUGCAGCAAGUCCUCAGUUAGUAUUCAAUGGAUUUGAUAUGCUGGAUGAAGAUCCUUUCUGGGUUCCUACAACAGAAGAAGAGUUAGAAGAUUUAGGUGAAAAAGCGGAUAAAGAGAACUUGGCCAGAAAAUAUAUGGAUACAGUUAGAAAGAGAAAGGGUAUGUUUGUUGAGAAAAAAUUAGUGGAGCAUGCUGAAAAACAAAGAACAUUAAAGAAGAACUAAAUAAGUUAAAUUACUAAAGAAAAAUAAAAUAAUAAUGUUACAAAUAAAUACCUUCUAUCCAAGUUAUAGUCAGAAGAUCAAUAAUAUUGAUUCAUCAUGGUUGUGAAGAGCAGAGACUUUUAAAACUAAU